CGUUUUUGUUUUCCUUUUCCAAACCUGUUGUUUGGACUUUGCCUAUACACACUGGUGGGCAGUGGAACAAAUUGGAGUUUGUUCUUUUCCCUCCCUAUGUAUGACCGGGACGGGCACUCGGAGAGAUCACUAACCAGCACGGUUGGACGGCAGUCUGGCACUAUAGUCCACGGGUGGACGCAGCUGUAAGAAAAGGUGAGUUUUCUUUCUUGCUCUGUUGUGUUUGAACACACACGCACCGGCACGGAGCGAUUCGCGCAUGAUAGUUGUGGGAACAACGAUCGGCACGGAGGCCACAAAACACUGGGUUGUUUUUCCUCUUGUCUUAUUGCUCUCUUUGGCGGGCCAAAUGACGGAACCAAAGCAACUGUUGGAAACAGAGGGUACUCAAGUAGCCGACGGAGUUACAUCCGACGAGGCGGUCGGACACUACACAAACAGCGCUGGGGAAGCGAUGGCUCUGGCGGGGGCCAGUUGUUGCAGCGAAGUGGGGAACGGAGCAGGUCGGGCAGACAGACUUCACCGGAGGGACUGGCAAGCUUUUAGCUUGUGCGGAGCUCUGCGGUUGGGAAACGCGGACCUAGCCGCCUUACUCAACAGGAUCGUUGGGGCGGGACGCUGGAGGGUCAGGGUGAGACCGACGUUGUACGUGUCGAGCGGAGAGAGAGCUAAGGCUGAGAGCAGGAGGCGACCGGAACCUGGUUUGUUUUGUUGCCGCGCAACGUUGACAAGGUGCGUGAUCAGUGGAUUUGAUCAUCUUCUUUUUGCUGGCUUGUGCAGCCGGGAUCGGGCUGACAUGCGUGGGAACAGAGUGACGCCUUGAGGCACGGGUUACGCGAAGCGGAUGGGAAGUACAAGUGGUGGUGCCACUGUGGUAAGUAGGCCGGGAGGGUCGGCGACGAGAGUCAGGGAAACGGAGUGGUGGAUGGAAAUACAACCAAGGAGACUUGGUGUAGAGGCUAGAAGCCUAUUGUAGAAAUAAACGGAGUGAAUUCGAAUGAUUGAGACUGUGAAGAUGUUGAGGGUGACUGUGUUCAACGUGAUGUUUUG